AUGUAUGGUGGCCCUGGGAACAACAGAGGCCAGGGAGAAGGAGAGGAGAGGAGGGAGAAGAGGAGGCACUCCAACAGCACCCCGAUCUCUCACCUCAGGCACUCCAACAGCACCCCGACCUCUCACCUCAGGCACUCCAACAGCACCCCGAUCUCUCACCUCAGGCACUCCAACAGCACCCCGACCUCUCACCUCAGGCACUCCAACAGCACCCCGACUCUCACCUCAGGCACUCCAACAGCACUCGAUCUUCACCUCAGGCACUCCAACAGCACCUCGAUCUCUCACCUCAGGCACUCACAGCACCCCGAUCUCUCACCUCAGGCACUCAACAGCACCUCGAUCUCUCACCUCAGGCACUCAGAGAUACAGGCACCCAACAGCACCCGACCUCACCUCAGGCACUCCAACAGCACCCCGUAUCAGGCACUCCCAGCACCGACCUCUCACCUCAGGCACUCCAACAGCACCCGACCUCUCACCUCAGGCAUCAACAGCACCGCUUCUGUUGUGUGUGAUAUUAUCACUAAUAACAUUGAUAACAGUGAUAAUAAUGACAAUAGUGAUAACAGUAAUAAUGGUGAUAAUAGCGAUAAUGGCGAUAAAAGUGAUAUUAUCACAGAUAACAGUGAUAAUGGUGACACAACUGAUAACAGUGAAAACAGUGAAAAUAGUGAUAAAACUGAACAUAGUGAUAACAGUGAUAACCGAAAUAAUACUGAUAAUAGUGACAAAAGUGAUAACAGUGAUACUAGUGAUACCAGAGAUAGUGAUGAUAGUGAUAACAGUGAUACCAGAGAUAAUAGUGAUAAUAGUGAUAACAGUGAUACCAGAGAUAAUAAUGAUAAUAGUGAUAACAGUGAUACCAGAGAUAGUGAUAAUAGUGAUAACAGUGAUACCAGAGAUAAUAGUGAUAAUAGUGAUACCAGAGAUAAUAGUGAUAAUAGUGAUAACAGUGAUACCAGAGAUAAUAGUGAUAAUAGUGAUAACAGUGAUAACAGAGAUAACAGCGAUAACAGAGAUAAUAGAGAUAAUAGUGAUACCAGAGAUAAUAGCGAUACCAGUGCUAAUAGUAAUAACAGAGAUAAUAGUGAUACUAGUUAUACCAGUGAUAAUAGUAAUAGCAGAGAUAAUAGUGAUAACAGAGAUAAUAGUGAUACUAGUUAUACCAGUGAUAAUAGUAAUAACAGAGAUAAUAGUGAUAACAGAGAUAAUAGUGAUAACAGAGAUAAUAGCGAUACCAGUGCUAAUAAUAAUAGCAGAGAUAAUAGCGAUACCAGUGAUAAUAGUGAUAAUAGUAAUAACAGUGAUAAUAGUGAUACUAGUUAUACCAUUGCUAAUAGUGAUAAUAGAGAUAACAGAGAUAACAGUGAUAACAGCGAUAACAGUAAUAACAGUGAUAACAGCGAUAACAGUAAUAACAGAGAUAACAGAGAUAACAGUAAUAAUAGUGAUAAUAGUGAUAACAGAGAUAACAGUAAUAACAGAGAUAACAGAGAUAACAGUAAUAAUAGUGAUAACAGUGAUAACAGUGAUAACAGUAAUAACAGUGAUACCAGUAAUAACAGUGAUAACAGUAAUAACAGUGAUAACAGUAAUAGUAGUGAUAACAGUGAUAACAGUGAUACCAGUAAUAACAGUGAUAACAGUGAUAAUAGUGGAACUAUGUAUAACAGUAAGAAUAGUGACAAAAGUGAUAAAAGUGAUAGUGUAAAUGAUGUGAUAGCAGUGAUAGCAGCGAUACAAGUGAUAAUUGGUGAUAACAGUAAUAAUAGUGAUAACAGUGAUAACAGUGAUAACAGUGAUAACAGUAAUAGUAGUGAUAACAGUGAUAAUAGUGAUAACAGUAAUAACAGUGAUAACAGUAAUAAUAGUGAUAACAGUGAUAAUAGUGAUAACAGUGAUAACAGUAAUAAUAGUGAUAACAGUGAUAACAGUAAUAAUAGUGAUAACAGUGAUAAUAGUGGAACUAUGUAUAACAGUAAGAAUAGUGACAAAAGUGAUAAAAGUGAUAGUGUAAAUGAUGUGAUAGCAGUGAUAGCAGCGAUACAAGUGAUAAUUGGUGAUAACAGUAAUAAUAGUGAUAAUAGUAAUAACAGUGAUAACAGUGAUAACAGCGAUAACAGCGAUAACAGAGAUAAUAGAGAUAAUAGUGAUAACAGAGAUAAUAGUAAUAACAGAGAUAAUAGUGAUACCAGUGAUAAUAGUAAUAGCAGAGAUAAUAGUGAUAACAGUGAUAAUAGUGGAACUAUGUAUAACAGUAAGAAUAGUGACAAAAGUGAUAAAAGUGAUAGUGUAAAUGAUGUGAUAGCAGUGAUAGCAGCGAUACAAGUGAUAAUUGGUGAUAACAGUGAUAACAGUGAUAAUAGUGAUAACAGCGAUAACAGCGAUAACAGCGAUAACAGCGAUAACAGAGAUAAUAGAGAUAACAGUGAUAACAGAGAUAAUAGAGAUAAUAGUGAUACCAGAGAUAAUAGCGAUACCAGUGAUAAUAGUAAUAGCAGAGAUAAUAGUGAUACUAGUUAUACCAGUGAUAAUAGUAAUAACAGAGAUAAUAGUGAUAACAGAGAUAAUAGUGAUACUAGUUAUACCAGUGAUAAUAGUAAUAGCAGAGAUAAUAGUGAUAACAGAGAUAAUAGUGAUACUAGUUAUACCAGUGAUAAUAGUAAUAACAGAGAUAAUAGUGAUAACAGAGAUAAUAGUGAUAGCAGAGAUAAUAGCGAUACCAGUGAUAAUAAUAAUAGCAGAGAUAAUAGUGAUAACAGAGAUAAUAGUGAUACUAGUUAUACCAGUGAUAACAGAGAUAACAGUGAUAACAGUGAUAACAGAGAUAACAGUGAUAACAGAGAUAAUAGUGAUAACAGAGAUAACAGUGAUAACAGAGAUAACAGUGAUAACAGUGAUAACAGAGAUAACAGUGAUAACAGAGAUAACAGUGAUAACAGCGAUAACAGAGAUAACAGUGAUAAUAGAGAUAGUAGAGAUAACAGUGAUAAUAGUGAUAACAGAGAUAGUAGUGAUAACAGCGAUAGUAGUGAUAAUAGAGAUAGUAGUGACAAUAGUGGGGGCUGUAAGAAGCUAAAGGCCUACGGCUAA